AUGCCUCAGGAGAAGAAGAAACGCGGCCGUCGGGAGGAAAAGACCAGCAAGAAGCGCAAAGUGAACGACCAAGCUGAAAAGCCUUCAAAAAGGUUCAAACCAGAAGAUCACCAUCCCGAAGAUUUCGGAAAUGAAUUCCUCGUGAGUGGUGAAGCAGGAGAUGACUUCAUCAGCUUUGAAAUCCCACCGCCCGAUGGAGUUCAGGCCCCAGUAACCGAAGGUGAAUUCCAUGGCCUCCUUGACCCCGAGGAACAAGAAUAUUACUCAAAUGUUAAUGCCAAGAUUGUAUCAAACGACUUCGAGUCUGAAGACGAUCGCACGAUCUUCAUCGAGGCUGUUCAUCGAGAAACUGAAGGAAAAGAGCUGAAAGUAGCAUCGAGUCAGUCUUGCUCGAGGUACCUAGAGAAAAUUAUCUUGUUGUCUACGCCGCUUCAAUUACGCGGCCUUUUCAGCAAAUUUCUAGGAAAUCUCACAUCUCUGGUACAGCAUAGAUUUGGCAGUCACUGUUGUGAGACAUUGUUUCUUCAAGCUGCCAAAUUUAUUGGUCAGGAAAAAAGAUCGUCCAAGGAGGAGAGCGAAGACACUCCCGCCUCCUUAGAGGAACUCUUCCUCCGUGCAUCUGGAGAGCUGAAACCAAAUAUGGGCUUUCUACUCACCGAAAGAUUUGCGUCUCAUACAGUCAGGGUACUAUUCCUUGUUCUCUCUGGAUUGCCGUUGGACGACUCGUCAGUGAAGUCUAUGCUCGCAAGCAAGAAAAAGGAAAAGAUCGAUACGCCUGAGAAAAUAAACCCAGAAAUGCCAAAAACUAAGAGAGUAGUUCCGAAAAGCUUCCAUCAGGCACUGUCAGAAUUGAUUCAAAGCGCCAUAUCUUCUCUGGAUACCACAUACCUGCGGGCUUUAGCGACACAUCCACUAGGCAAUCCGGUAUUACAGCUACUACUCCAACUCGAGCUUUCCAGUUCGAACAAGAACAAGUCGACCGAAGAUACGUCAUUAUUCUCAAAAUUAUUCCCAGAGGCGAACUUGGAGCAUCACUCCGACAGUGCUAAAUUCUUGUCAGGCUUGAUCUAUGACCCAGCGGGGUCGCAUCUAGUCGAACUUCUCGUGCAGAGACUACCGGGGAAACAAUACAAAACCAUUUACAAGGCAGUUUUAAAGCCAAAACUAGACAGUAUGGCGAAGAACGAUGCUGCUAGUUAUGUUGCCGUUAGGAUUCUCGAACGACUUGGAAAAGAUGAUCUGAUAGAAGCCAAGCGUCUGAUAUUGCCAGUGAUACCCACUCUGAUAUCACGGCAAAGAACAGGGCUAAUCAAAGUCUUGAUCGAACGAUCUGCAGUGCGUGGAGCUGAUCUGCAAGAUCUGGCAGAUGUAAUCAAAGCCGAGUACGGAAAUGGCGAAUCAUCUUUCAUAUCAAAUGUCUUGAAUGCCAAAUUGGAAGAGGAAAAUCAAGAGAAAUCAUCGGCUGAUACCACCAACGCCGACUCCAAGGCAUCACGUCACAAAACCGAUGUUCAUGGCUCACUCUUGGCACAAGCAAUGCUCCAGGCGAAACCGACCGCUAACGUCGUCCAUGAGAGCCUUCUAUCACUCUCCACAGAUGAAAUAUUGGCACUUUGUCGUGAUCCCCCGGCUUCUCGUCUCGUUCAAGCCUCGCUCAGUCCUUCUCACACCAAUAUUGCUUUCCGCCGACAGUUUAUCCCCAAUUUUUCUGGUCACAUGGUUCCGCUCUCUCUCGAACUGACAAGUUCUUAUGUGGCGGAUGCUCUCUACGCUGCAACAGAUGGCCUGCAUUUCAUGAAGGAGAAACUCGCUGGCGAGCUGGCUGGAAGCGAGACGCAAUUACGAGAAUCACCUUUUGGAAGGAAUGUUUGGAAGAAUUGGGCGAUGGAUCUGUUCCGGAGGCGACAAGCUGAAUGGCGAGCUUUAGCAAAAGGCCAAACUGCUCAGGACCAAGCACAGGGCAUAGGUGGAAGUGAUCGGACAGGAGCUGGAAAGUCUGAAACCAAGAAGACUGCAAUUCAACUCGCACGCGAGCGACAUGCACACCGCAAACCGCAUGGGUCGGGCUCAAAACCGUCCAAGUUGGCAACAGGAUCCAAUGCUAUUGUUUCAACAAAUGCAUGA